AAAACAACAAUAUUUGACAGUUUAGUCCUGUAAUGACGUUUAGCUUCGGCGUCGCUAGCUACGUGUCGUCAUCACCCUGCGACAACGUUUUCUCCACUGACCAUGUGAGAUGAGCCUCGCAGGGAUACAAAACAUUCAAAUACAGAGAACUAGAGGAAACUUGAAGUGUGACUGAAUGCUGAGCACAUUUUGUUUGCUUACUGUGAUACACUGAUAAGAGAGAGAUGGUGGAGAAGAUGGGAGCAAAAGAUCAGAAGCAUUUUGGUGAACAAGGGCAGAAGAGGAUGAAAAAGAAGCCUGAUCAGAGUAAAGGAGGAGGAGGAAACAGCAGCCGUGGUGAGGAAGGAGGGAAGAGGAAGCGUCUGGAUGCGAUGACUGUGGGCUAUUUUCGUCGUGUGAGUGAGAGACUGAGCGAAGGAUUCACAGACGAUGAGGAGCGAGCUCUCUUUGUUGAAAACGUUCUCUCAGAGGUGAAGGGACAAGCUGGCCUCGUCACCACGGAUAUGACGGGCAGUCUGGCUCUCCAGAAGCUUCUGUCAUUGGCCAGCCUCGAACAGGUGGCAGAGGUCCUGGCUGAACUGGGUGGAGAAACGGGAUCAGAGUUUAAAACUGUGUCAUGUGACAGAUGUGGGGGUCAUGUGAUAGAAAGUGCCAUCAAACAGAUGGCCAAGUGGACAGAGGACAUCCACUCUGAAGAGAAGAGCAGCUCUGGAAAUGAACAAGAAGAACCAGAGGCCGAGAACUGCGGGAUGCUCGAGGAUCAGGUGCUAACUCUGUGCCGAGUGGUGAGAGAGAAUAUCGUAGACUUCAUCAAAGACCCUCACGGAUCUCAUGUGCUUCGAACGCUUAUACACGUGCUCGCGGGAUGUUCGGCGCAAGAGCAGUCUGGUGCACAUCCAGCUAAAAAGCAGAAGAAAGCGGAACCUGAGCUGACCGACUUUGAAGCACCAGCAUCAUUCUGGUGGGAGCUCAAGUACCUUUCAGAGUCUAUGAUGGAAAAUGUUAAUGUCUGUGCCACCAAUCCCACUGCCAGCGCCGUGCUCCAGACCCUACUGACCAUCUGCCACAGGAAGAGACCCAUUCUAGUUAAAAAACUAAACAAGGGCAUCAUGGAAUACCUAACAUCUCUGAGCUCAGCUCCUGGAGUCAGCCCCCUCUUGGUGUUUCUGAAGGACCAGUCAUGCAGUCGGCUCAUCCAGACAGUGUUCCAGUUCUCCCAUAAAGUUUUGCUUCGAGACACCUACAAGAACCACCUGAAGAACCAGCUCAUGCCUCUGGCGCUUCAUCCGUUUGCGAACUACACCAUCCAGUCCUUUAUAGCAGCCUCGGUCAAUUACAAAGUGUUUCUGAAGGUGUUUGACGAGUUGGCGCCUGGGUUCGAGGCGAUCCUGGCGGCGGGUCACAUGGGGGUCAUAGUGCAGCUGGUGGAGAGCUGCGUGCACAGAGAGGAGAGGCAGGCUGACAUGCUGCAGCGCCUCCUAGAGGCUUUUCACUGCAGUGAGCCCUCCACAAGGCACCUCUCCUGUCUCCCUCUCUUCCUGUCCUUACUGACAUAUGAGGUGUACUAUAACACAGAGGCAGCAGAGGGCGACGCUGUUCCUCAGCGCCCUCUCUCGAUCUGCUACCACGGCUCGCGCCUGGUCCAAGCACUGGCCCGCUUUAAAGACCGCUCCAUCCUGAUGAACAGCCUGCACAGCCUGAGCAGAGAAGAGCUGCUGCGCCUGGGCACGGAGCAGACGGGCAGCCAUGCCCUCCAGGCCCUCGUCACGCUCUCCAGUGACAAAGGCAAGGGAAAGAUCCUGAGGAAGCUUGAGGGACUCUAUACUCAGCUGGCCUGCUCCAAAUACGGCAGUCGUCUGCUGGAGGCCGUGUGGAGCAGCGCCACCAUCAGUCAGAGGCAGAGCAUAGCAGAGCAGCUGGUCCCCAGUGAGGCUCAGCUGCGCUCGGAUCAGUUUGCACGCCACGUCUGGGCGAAAUUUGGCCUCACACACUUCCAGAAGAGACGCGGUGCCUGGAUGGAGCUUCAGACGGGACAAUCGAAGAAGAGAAAGAUGUUCAGUGACAUUCUGGAGUAACUUCUUUGAACUGCAUUUAUGGUGCUGAUGGUGGAGGUGUCAUGAGUGAUGAAUAUCUCACAACCAGAAAACGAGUGAAAGAAGGAGAGCAAGAGUGAGCAGAGUGCAGCUGUGACUUCUCCUGCACUCUGUCUUUCUCACUAUCUGAGUGGGAGAGAAGGGAGAAGACUGCGAGCCUGAUCACAGGGGCGAUGUGACAUUCAGCUGCGAGAAUCCCCUGACCGAGUCAACACCAGCCUGAUAGAACGCUUCACACGAGAGCCUGGGAACGUCAAACAACUCUCACUAACGGCCAUUAACGUCAGCCGGUGUGCAAAUGAGUUAAAUUAAAAGGCCACUGUGGUUUUGUCUAGAGCUCCUUUACAUCACUCAUCUGCAGAGGUGUAGGAGAUUCAGUGUGGUCCAUUAAAGAACAAUAAGAGUUUUAUGUAGUGGUGCGAAACAGUCGUGCACCGAUUAGAGGCGAGAUUUCUUCUGGCUGGGUUAUUAUUAUUGAUAGCAUUUCUUGCAUAUAAUUUCUCACAAAUUGCUUUGUGAAAUUACUUUUUGAUUCUUUUUCACCAUGCAAGUGUUCUCACCUAUAAUAAAGUAUUCAAUUAUAGCCUGAGAGUGAACAAUGAAUAAAUGAGGGAUUUGACAGAAUUUAAUUUUUGUCCUUA